AUGCCUAGAUCUUUCCGUACAGGUACACCAUUGCCAAUUGACUCAGAGAUAGAAAGGACUGCAAAGAAGUUAAGGAAGCAAGCCAAGCUUCGUAAGAGGCAACCGAUUUCCGGUACUUCUUCAUCAUCUACUCCCCCGGUCAUUAACAUUUGGGAGGACAUACUCCUCUCAAGUGUAUCAGCCUCAGAAAUAGAAAGCCCAUCACUUUCACCACAACCAACCUCAACCAUAAAUACCACUCCACCCUCUUCACAUGUUCAUAAUAUCCUAAACACUUCAUCUACAGAAACAUCACCCACUUCUCAAGCCAUGACAGACAACCCUGGAGGGAAUCAAGGUCCUCCAAACCCACCACCCGAACAAACCCUUUGCCAAUGGUCAAGACAAGAGGUUACUCAACAACCUCUUUGUAUCACAUAUCCAGCUGCCACAAACCUUGAACUAAAAUCCGGGCUUAUCCACUUACUCCCAACUUUUAGAGGUUUGGAGAAUGAAGAUCAUCACAAGUUCCUUACCAAGUUCCAUGUAGUAUGUGUGGGUAUGAAACCACACAAUGUCACGGAGGAGCAAAUCAAGCUUAGGGCAUUCCCCUUUACGGUGCAAGAUGCAGCCAAAGACUGGAUUUAUGACCUCCCACCGGGGACGGUAACUACUUGGGUAGAUCUUGCAAGGUUAUUUUUGGAUAAGUACUUUCUCGAGAUGAAAGCUUCAGCCCUACAGAGGGAAAUCAUUGGAAUCAAGCGGCACAAGAGAGAAGCUUUUCACACAUAUUGGGAGCGAUUCAAGAAACUUUAUGCUCGAUGCCCAAAGCAUGGAAUUACCGAAUAUCAGCUUUUCCAAUAUUUCAAUGAAGGAAUGAAUCCAAUGGAAAGAAGGCUUCUUAAUGCCUCCAGUGGCGGUUCUUUACCCGACAACACUCCUACUGAAAUCCGCAAUCUAAUCAAGAACAUAGCUGAAGAUUCCAAACAUUCAAGCCGUGAUGAAGAAUGGUACACGGAUGCACCCCAAGGUGUAAAGGAGGUCCAAACUCCUCAAAUUGAAGCUCAAUUGUACGAGCUUACAAAAGUGGUUAUGAUGCUAGCCAAAGACAAAUGUGUGCAGCCCACCCCCCGCCCAUGCGGUAUUUGUACUCAAGUGGGGCAUCCAACUGACAUGUGCCCUCAACUUCAAGUGGAAGAUUAUGAAGAAGCAAAAGCCAUGGGAGGUCUUCUUGGGUCUAAUCAAAGGGGAUAUGAGCAGCCACGAGGUGAUCAAAGAUGGAGUAACAAUCAAGGUUGGGGAGGACAUCAACAGGCAAAUUAUCAACCAAGUCAACCACAUCAAUACCAACAAAGACCACCUUUUCCACCACAAAACUUUCAGCCAAGGCAACCACAACACCCUCCUCAACAAUCAGGUUCAUCAAGUAUGUCCUUAGAGUACAUAGUGAAGAGUUUGGCAACUAGUACACAAACUUUCCAACAAGAGACAAAAGCAAGCAUAAAGAACUUAGAGAAACAAGUUUCACAGCUUGCUACUUCCGUAAGCAAACUAGAAUCUCAAGGAAAGUUACUUGCACAAACUGAAACAAACCCAAGGCACAACGUGUGUGCCAUCACAUUGAGGGGCGGAAAGAGCUAUGAUGGUCCAAAAGUGUCGGUUGAUCAAAAGGAAGAAGAAAUAGUGGUCGAAGAGGCAACAAAAGAGCAGAAGAAGGAAGAGAAAACAAUCAAAAAGAAGCCCUUCAUCAUUGAGUCUAAAGCCACACCUGCUCUAUUUCCUGAAAGAUUAAAGAGCACGAAGAAAGAACGGGAGGAGAGUGAGAUAAUGCAAAUAUUCAAAAGAGUUCAAAUCAACAUUUCAUUCCUUGAGGCCAUCAAGCAGGUACCUAGAUAUGCAAGGCUCCUUAAGGAUCUUUGUUUAUCUAAAAAGAAAUUAAAAGGAAAUCAAGUCGUAACAGUUAGAGAACACGUAUCCGCGGUUUUGCAAAAGAGGAUGCCCCCGAAGUGCAAGGAUCCCGGUGUCUUUACCGUGCCUUGCAAAUUGGGGAAUCUUCAUGUACCCCGACCCAUGCUCGAUCUAGGUGCAUCCGUAAAUGUCCUACCAUAUUCACUUUUCAAAUCAAUUGGUGUAGGAACAUUGAGCAAAACCGGUGUGAUCAUCCAACUUGCCGACCGGUCUUUGGUACACCCAAAGGGUGUACUAGAGGACGUGUUAGUGCAAGUCGAUGAAUUUAUCUUCCCGGCUGAUUUUUAUGUCUUAGAUAUGGGAGAUGAUAACUCUCCAAGUUCAAGUUCCAUACUUUUGGGUAGACCUUUUCUUAAAACUUCCAAAACAAAAAUUGAUGUCUACAAUGGAACUUUAAGUAUGGAAUUUGAUGGUCAAGUUAUCAACUUCAAUGUUCAUGAAGAAAAAAAGGUUCCUUCCGAGCUUCAAUCCGUCAAUCUUAUGAAUUUGAUCGAGCCCUCAACUAAAAAGGGUUUAAGUUUGUCUAACAGUGAAUUUCUAGAGUUAGUUUUGCAAGGAAAACUAGACAGGGACAAAGCCAAAGAGCUUGCAAAGGAGGUCGAUAUGGACAAUGAGGUGUUGGAGAGUUUGGAGUUUAUUGAUGACAAGAAGUGUGAGGAGUGA